AUGUUUCAAGUCUUUGGCGUCAUUCAAAAGCAACAGGUGAAGAAGAAAGCCUUUCACAAUAAUGAGGCAUCCUUCACACGUCUAACACCUGAGGAUCUCAUUACCGUGGCUCAAGAAGAGGCUAAAAAGGAAGCUCCCUCUAAUCCUACUAUACGUGCAUUGAAGAAGCAUGUUAGUACUGUACAAGCCAACAUUACAGGGACAGAUGAAUCGCGGAUCAGCAUUUGCACAUAUAUUUGGGGUAUGAUGGUUAUGAAAAAUCCUCUGUCAUUGUGGAUCACAAUCAAUCCCACUGAUACUCAUGAUCCAAUUGUUCAAGUGUUAGUGGGAGAUCAAAUCAACCUCGAUGCUUUUGACCGUACUGCGGGGCCUGAUUCUGCCCAACGGGCAAAGAUUGUUGUGGACGAUCCAUAUGCCGCAGCUAAAAAAAAAAUUCAUUUCGUCAUUGGUGCCAUCCUUGAAGAGUUAUUCAGUAUCACAAUUCAUUCACAUGCCAAAUUCCAGUCUCACAUCGCAGCGUACAUCACAUCCAAUAUCCAAGCUCAUCAUGACCACGUCACAGAAGAAUCAUUAGUGACAAUUCCUCGUGAAAAGGCAAUGUCCUACUCUUGGCCACUCAAUCCUCGUCAAUCGUCAUUUGCAAGAAGUCAAUUUGCUGUAGAAGGUCAACUAGCUCGCGCAGUUCAAAUCCACAACUGUGGUCUAGGGUGCCUUAAAGUUUCUGGAGGUCAUAUGCUGUGUAAAAGACACGCACCAUUUCCACUAGCUCCUGAUGCAUGGAUAGAUUCCAAUGGCAAUUGGGGUCCCCAUAGAAGUUAUUGUUUCUUGAAUAAUUGGAAUCUGACAAUUCUUCUGGCAACACGCUCUAAUCAUGAUAUCAAGCUUAUUACCAAUGGGGAUGGGACGAAACACAUUGCAUGUCGGGAACAAGAGUUUAGUGCUCCUGAAGUUGUGUCGUAUUUGAUGGGUGGGGGUGACAGAUAUAUCCCACCAUUUCCAGACCAUUUACUGGACUUCUGUGGUUUUCAUAGUAAAGGUAGUUCUUCCGCUGAAGGAUUGACAGUCCAAGUAGAUACUAUGAGCUCUCAAAGCAAAUAUGUUACUGUUGAAAUGCACGACGGCUCACUUUGA